AGCUAGGGGAAAGAAUGGAGUCGGUAUUCUGGUGGCGCCGGAGCUGCGAGAGUUUGUGGUGGAGGUGAAGAGGAUUAGUGAUCGCCUAAUGCUUAUCAAGUUGGUUUUGGGUGGGUGUGCAAUCAAUGUCGUGAGUGCUUAUGCCCUGCAUGUUGGCUUGGCAGACGAAGUUAAGAGGGAGUUUUGGGACGCCUUGGAUGGGGUGAUUGUCGGUCUCCCACUGACUGAGAAAGUCAUCAUUGGAGGCGACUUCAAUGGCCAUAUUGGAGACUCGGCCGAGGGCUUCGAGGACGUGCACGGUGGCUUUGGCUUUGGCAGUAGGAACCCAGCGGGAGUUUCACUCUUGGAGUUUGCCAGAGCGAGUGAUAUGCUGGUUGCUAACUCUUGUUUCCCUAAACGAGACGACCAUUUGGCUACUUUUGUUAGUGGAGUGGGGACGACACAGAUCGACUAUCUUCUCAUGCGCAGGUGUGAUCGGGUGCUCUGCAAGGAUGUUAAAGUAAUUCCUAGUGAGAACAUCACUACCCAACACAAGCUACUGGUGAUGGAUGUCAUGAUCAGGUGGGUGAAACAUAGGAGAGCUACGGGCGGCAACACACAAAUCCGGUGGAGGAGACUAAGUGGGGAGAAGAUCUCUGAGUUGAUCAAGCGAGUGCAGGAGAAAGGUGCGUGGGAAUCGGCAGGGGAGGCUACUGAUAUGUGGGCGCAAACUGCCAACUGCAUCAGGGAAGCAGCCAGGGAAGUGUUAGGUAUGAGCUCUGGCUCUAGGAGUAGGCAUCAGGGUGAUUGGUGGUGGAGUGACUCAGUUCGAAGUAAGGUGGAAGCCAAGAAGGUGGCUUAUCUGUUGUUGAAGAGGAAAUGUUGAGGAGGAAAGAGCAGCGUUACGAGUGGAGUACAAUAAGGCACGUAAAGAAGCUAAGUUAGAGGUUACGAGGGCAAAGAAUGCCGCCUUUGAACGCCUCUAUAAGGAUAUAGAAGAGAAAGGCGGUGUUAAUCAACUGUUCCGGCUUGCUAAGGUGCGGGAG